AUGCCCGGCAUCCCACAAGCUCCACCGAGACUGGGCAAAGUGAGCGGCAACCCAUUCCCUGAUGUAGUAAAAGAAGAAGUCGGCGCAAGUUCCUCUGUUGAAGAACCACAGGAUCAAAAGCCAGAGUCGGGGUUUCCGUGGCUGAUGGUGUAUCUUCCUGUGCAGAGUUGCCACGUUACCUUGAAAGAUGACACGGGGAUGUUUUCUCCUCCUAUGUUUAGCAACGCUCACGCCAACAACUGGUGUAACUGGACCAUCUGGGCAGGCCCCGACAAGCAUAUCUUGAUAUACAUCGAAGGAUUCGAGGGGAAGCCGAAUUGUGACGAAAAUCAGGAUAAGAUUCUGUUUCAGGGGGUCAGGUCAAGCGUGGAAAACAAAGUCGCUCAUGCGUGCCGCAAUCGCGGGACCUUGAUUUUUGCUACGCGGGCUCAGGCGGCCCACGUGGUGUUUUUGUCGAAAGCCGCUUCUCAAAACCAUGGCCCUAAGCCUUUUAAAGGGCAGUAUUACAUAUUUGAAGAUUACGAAGUGUCACCUUCUGCUAACGGUGAUAUGGUUCUCGAAGAGCCUGUUUUGAAAUCUAACAGCCGUACUGGAUUUCCAUCAUACAUAAUUCACUCAAGACGUAUACCAGACUUUGAGAAGGUGAACAGGGCUCCUACCAAUGAAAACCACCUGUCUCUGAGUAGUAAAGAAAGGUGGAACAGAACCAACCAUGCCUCAAACUUGGAAGCAUUACUAAGACCGGCUGUUAGUAACUACACUCCGCUUUCUUUCUCGAAAUCCGCAAAAAAUGUUAUUGACAUGAAGGAGAGGCAAGUUAUAAAACCGUUCGCUGAUGAAUAUCAAAUUGGAACUGGUAUCCUUCCUGGAAGUUUAAAGAAAACUGUUGUUCUGGGUUUGAAUGGUUUCGCAGAUGAAGAAAAGGCCAUCAUACCUUCCGAGUCUCAGAAGUUCAGAAUGAAAUCUAAACUUGAAGCCACAGGAGUCACCACGGAGUCUGUUGGUAUUGAAAACAAUGGCCGUGUCCCUAUACGUUGGAGGUCACCGUAUGUAAAAGAUGAUGGAAGAGCCAAAUUUGAAAGAUCCGGCUUCCUGAGUGGCGUAACAUUUCCACAAGCCUCUUUAAAAGUGCAGAGACCCCCAAUUUCUCCUCCUAGAAUUAUCCCAGAAGAGGAUCCAUACCAGGUCCUACAGCCACGGGGUUCUCAUUCUGAGAUCUCGAAGAAGGCUUCCAACGCCGUGGAGUUUCAACAUGUGGAGAUGGAGGAAGGAGAACGAAUGGACGGUCAAGUCAUCAGAGUAGGAGAUGGGGAUCGACACGUGGCUGAUGGUGGGAGAAGAAAUGAAUCUCAUGGCACUGAGCUGCUUGCUGUAAACAGGCUGGGCAAAUCUGCAAUGAAAACAAAGCCCCAUCUAACCACCGUGGCCCAGCUGAACAUGUUGAAUGUCUUUUCUUCUCCGGAUGUCCCUAAUAGUGACCUUAUGGGUUUUGGUCCCACUUCACAUCCUGAGGUUGUUCUUCCAGACAACGUUUUUGUUUUCUGGUCUCAUAAAAAUGAGUCUAUUCUGGAAUCCCAGCACAGACCCGGAGACGUUUUGCUUGAAGUGACUUUUGGCAUCGAGCACCAAGGAGGGACCCCAUACGACGGCCGUGAGCUGGGCGAAGACCUCAUUGAAUCAGUGAAGAUGCAGGUACAAGAGAGAGUGAAAUUGGUGUCAAACAAAGUCAAGGAACUUAAACUGAAGGAAGUUAAAAGGAAGACAAGAAGCGAAAGAAAAAAAAUGAAUGACCCGAACCUGAUAUUUACAUUCUGGCUGCACCUGGAACCAGACGAGAAGAACAUCUCGCGCUUGAUACAUUCUCAACUGGAAGGACUUCGUGGCACAUCCACAAGAUCUGGAAAAAUUCAGCAGGUUUCAGUGGGAGAUGUGAAUGAAUGCAGUUUUGGGACUGAACUCUGUGGGGAUGCGGCCAUCUGUCUUAAUAUAUAUAGCACAUAUUUCUGUGAAUGUAAAGAAGAAUAUGAGGACCAAUCUUUGACUAAGUCGGGCACGCUUUGUGUCCGAAUUCCACCAUCUGGCCUUCGCUUCUUGUACAGCUACAUGGAGAUUUUUGUAGGCGCCAUGGUUUUUUUCAUUGCCGUCAUCGUCGUGGCGAUUGUCGUGCUGUGUACUAUUGUGAAGAAGAAGCGUACGAAGAAGGACUUCAGCGUUCCGGGUGUGGCUUUGUCUAGGACGCUGCCAAUGUCACGUACGCAGCCUGUUGCCUUUGAUCAAAGUAACAUCAAUACUCUCCUUUCUUUGGACCCUGCUCGCUUAAAACUCAGAGCCAAACAACCGGAAUGGCCUUUGCAACUCGCAAGUACCCCCACUGAAGUUUGCAGAAUAUCUAUCGAGCAGUCUGAGUGUUUGUGAGGGGAAAAGCCAUGCCAAUUGCAAAUCCCUCCCUCGACCUUUACUGAAAUUACUUUUGUUUACUGCAGGCCAGCUGAUGCAACUUCUUGUUCUCGGAAAAGAAAUCCACAUAUUUUUGUAGUACCCAUUUUUUCCCGGUGUCUUGCAACUCUCUGAGUAUUUUUUUUUCCACUUAAGAUUUUGGAC